AUGGCUGACUCCAAGAAGCCAAAUGUGCUCUACAUCAUGGCAGACCAGAUGGCUGCCCCCCUGUUGUCCAUCUACAACUCCUCGUCCGUCAUCAAGACUCCCAAUCUUGACCGCCUUGCCAAAGAGGGAGUGGUCUUUGAUUCUGCGUACUGCAACUCGCCCCUCUGCGCCCCAUCUCGCUUCACCAUGGUCUCGGGCCAGCUGCCUUCUCGCAUCGGUGGAUAUGAUAACGCCAGUGACCUCCCAGCCGACACUCCCACCUACGCUCACUAUCUCAGAGACCGGGGAUACCACACUGCUCUGUCGGGGAAGAUGCACUUCUGUGGACCAGACCAGUUGCAUGGCUACGAGGAGCGUUUGACCAGUGAUAUCUACCCUGGAGAUUAUGGCUGGUCUGUGAAUUGGGAUGAACCGGAUGUUCACAAAGAUUGGUAUCAUGACAUGUCCUCCGUCAUGGAAGCUGGUCCCUGUGUGCGAACCAACCAACUCGACUUUGAUGAUGAAGUGAUCUAUAAAGCAAAGCAGUACCUGUAUGACCAUGCCCGUCAUCGCAAGGACCAGCCGUUUUGCCUGACGGUGUCCAUGACACACCCGCACGAUCCGUACGCCAUGACAAAGGAAUUUUGGGAUAUGUACGAGGGCGUCGACAUCCCUCUCCCGACCACGGCAGCCAUUGAUCAGUCCAAGCUAGACCCGCACUCGCGCCGGAUACUGAAGAUUAUCGGCCUGCUGGGCAAGGAGAUACCGGACGAGCGCAUCAUUGCUGCUCGCCGUGCCUAUUUCGCUGCUUGCACCUAUGUCGACUCCCAGAUUGGUGCUCUGCUCACCACGCUCAAGGACUGUGCCCUGGACAAGGACACCAUCGUUGUCUUUUCUGGAGACCAUGGCGAUAUGCUGGGAGAAAAAGGGCUGUGGUAUAAGAUGUCCUGGUUCGAGAUGUCAGCCCGAGUCCCAAUGCUCGUAUACGCUCCGGGACGAUACCAGCCCAAGCGUGUCAAGGAGAACGUAUCGACCAUGGAUCUGCUGCCGACCUUCGUUGCCAUGACAGGUGGAUCGCUGUUCCCCGGUCUUCCGGUAGACGGUGUCUCCCUGAUGCCAUAUCUCGUCGACAACGCUCCUGGCGAGAAGACAGACACUGUUCUGGGCGAAUACAUGGGCGAGGGUACCCUGGCACCGCUGGUGAUGAUCCGUCGUGGUCCCUGGAAAUUUGUUUACUCUCCCAUCGACCCUCCUCAGCUAUACAAUAUCGAGCAGGAUCCAACCGAGUCUACCAACCUCGUCGCCGGUAUGCAGCUCCCAACGCUCUCCGAGACUUCUUCAAACGGUGGCCCGACUGCUCUCCCUACUCCUCCGGCUGCUGGCUCUACUGCAGCAAUGAAAUCCUCUUCCUUCUUUGCAUCACUCAAUGCUCCAAGCAACAUCCCGACUCCGCCUCAUACCCCCAUGUCAGGCAAAAAGGCCUGCGCCCCCGCGGCCGCAGAAAUCACUUCGUCUGCAGCUACAAAUGACAUUACAUCUCUGUUCAAAGCCUUCCUCCGGGAAGUGCAUGCUCGCUGGGACUUCGACAGGAUCCAACAGCAGGUUCUAAACUCCCAGCGCCGAAGACGCCUUGUUUACUCUGCCCUCAGCAAGGGCCGCAUCACGAGCUGGGACCACACUCACAUUGUCGAGGGAAGCUCUGUUUUCAUCCGUAACCAUGGCAAAGGUGCCUUGGGUGAUGUUGAGACUGUGAGCCGCCUGCAUCUUCCGGUCUCUGUUGGCCGCGAAGUACAGUAUCGUCCUUAG